AUGACAAAUAUACUGGAAAGUUUCCCCUUUGAGAUCAAUGUCUUAUUUCUUGAACAUUACUUGGUCGAAACAGAUGAUAUAUUGAAUUAUUUACAAGUUGUCCCUUCAAUGAAUUCUCAUUUCAAAGCUAAUUUUAAAGUGGUUAGUGAUCAAAUCAAUCAUAGCAAAUAUAAUAAGUUAUCAGAAGGCUGUUUGAUAUCAUAUGACUCUAUGCAGGAAUUACUCAAGGAUUUGAGAGAACCUCAAAGGUUUAAGGGUAUUGUCUUAAUGGAAUAUCUUAAAUCUGAGCAUUUUCAACAAUUUGAUCCUGAUUCUUAUUCGUAUGAUAUUUUUGAAACGGUUCAUGAACAAACGAAAUUCAGAUACACAUUUUAUGGAUCCUUUGAAGACACGCAGCCAGAAAUUCCUAAUAUUAUAAUGAUUCGUUUUUUCCAUUUUGAGUUAAAACAUAAAAUAUCUCAUAUUAGUUUUCCUGAUGUCGAAUUUUUACCUUCAUUCGGUCACUUCCCAAAUACAAAAAUUGAACUAAAUUUCUUAAAGUUGAAGAAAAUUGAGUAUCAUGCGUAUAAAAAACACAUCAAGACAUUCAGUCUUAAUAUUGAGUAUUGUACAUCAUUGGAAAAUCUAAUUCUUAUGGGUAUCCAUGAUAAAUUCACAUUCCCUGAAUCAUUUGUCUUUCCUAAGAGCCUAAGACUUAUUUUAUAUGGGUCAACCGCUUUGGAUUUAGAAUCACCAUGGUUCUUUAAAUCACAAUGGGUUCAAAAUUUAGAAUACUUAUCUCUUGAAGAUUCAAGAUAUGAGCAUCCAAGACCAAUUUUAAUGGUUGAUUUGAAUUUCCCCAAAUUGAAAACGUUACAAUUGAGCUGUAAACCAACCGAUGUUAUUAUAUUCCAAAACUUCACAGCAGACUCAUUAGAGAUCUUUUCCAUUUAUUCACCAAGUACUAAUGUAAUUAUUAACGGCUUCAAGGCACAGAAUAUUAAAAACUUCACAAUCUCAGCAAGAUCAUGUAUCAUUGACAAUUUUGAAGAAAUCACAAAUCUAGAAUUAGAUUUUGAAAUUGAUGUUAAAAAUUUACCAGAAUUCAAUACUAAUGAAGAAAAAGUGAAUUUCCAAAACAAGAGUUGGUCUUUCCUAAGGAGGGCUAAGAGUGGAACGAUUACAAGGUAUCAACAUGUUUUAAGAGGGUUAGAAAUGGUUAAUCUAGAAAAAUUAGAACUGUUGAAAAUCAAGUAUUUGUCUAAAGAUCACUUGGACCUGAAUAAAAUUGCACAAUUUCCCUCGUUAACAAGACUUUACAUAGACGCAGAUUAUGCCGAAUAUGAAAUUGAUGGAAUUAUUGCUCCCAUAAGAUUCAACGCUCCACAUCUCAAGUUCUUAUACCUUGGAUGCCAACUAUAUUUCAACAACUUUUAUCAAUACAUUGAUGGAAACUUCCCUGAACUUGUUGAAUUGAUUGUAUGUUAUAAAAGUGGUGGAUUAAGUUAUUUUGGAUCUGAUCCUUUAACGAUUGAUACAGGGAUUUUUAAGAAUCUUGAAACUUUAAAGUUUUCAAUGUAUGCACGUUCAAUAAAGCUAUCGAAUUGUGGAUUUCCUAAAUUGAAAACAUUGGAUUUAGUUAAUAACAGUGAGUCCAUUAAGAAACUCAAGUUUAAAAAAGUUAAUGCGCCAAAGUUGAAAGAAUUAUCUAUUGAAAAUUAUAAUAUUUCAACAAUUGGACCAUUUACAAAUAGAAUUUAUUCAAAAUUAAAAUCAAUCAAAAUUAAAAAUUGUCAAAUAUCUGCAGGAUUAGAAAUUAUUCCUUUUAGGAUUUUGAAAAAUGUUGAUGUCAAACUUUUAUACAAAAAUAACUCAUAG